AUGGUCACACCAGGCAGAUUAGGACGUCUGGGCGCUCGAGAGCGCACCCGAAAGCUGGGUGGGGGCGAGACUCAGAUUGGAAGUCAGGGUCAUAAUCGCUCUUCCCAUUUUCUGGCAGUCCGGGAAGUGUUCCUAAGUGGGAAGGGCUUGGUGAUCUACCCGAAGAUUGGAGACAAGCUGGACAUCAUCUGCCCCCGAGCAGAAGCAGGGCGGCCCUACGAGUACUACAAGCUGUACCUGGUGCGGCCAGAGCAGGCAGCGGCUUGCAGCACUGUGCUUGAUCCCAAUGUACUGGUCACUUGCAACAAGCCACAGCAGGAAAUCCGCUUUACCAUUAAGUUCCAGGAGUUCAGCCCCAACUACAUGGGCCUGGAGUUCAAAAAGUAUCACGAUUACUACAUUACGUCAACAUCCAAUGGGAGCCUGGAAGGGCUGGAGAACCGGGAGGGAGGUGUGUGCCGUACACGCACUAUGAAGAUUGUUAUGAAGGUUGGGCAAGAUCCAAAUGCUGUGACUCCUGAGCAGCUGACUACCAGCCGGCCAAGCAAGGAGUCAGACAACACUGUCAAGACAGCCACACAGGCCCCUGGUCGGGGAUCCCCGGGUGACUCUGAUGGCAAGCAUGAGACUGUGAACCAGGAAGAGAAGAGUGGCCCAGGUGCAAGUGGUGGUGGCAGCGGGGACUCCGACAGCUUCUUUAACUCCAAGGUAGCAUUGUUCGCAGCUGUGGGUGCUGGCUGUGUCAUCUUCCUGCUCAUCAUCAUCUUCCUGACAGUCCUACUACUCAAGCUACGCAAGCGACAUCGCAAGCAUACUCAGCAGCGGGCGGCCGCCCUCUCGCUCAGUACCCUAGCCAGCCCCAAAGGGGGUAGUGGUACAGCAGGCACUGAGCCCAGCGACAUCAUCAUCCCCUUACGGACUACAGAGAACAACUACUGCCCCCACUAUGAGAAGGUGAGUGGGGACUACGGGCAUCCUGUCUACAUCGUCCAGGAGAUGCCACCUCAGAGCCCGGCGAACAUCUACUACAAGGUCUGAAGGUCUGACAUGGCCUCAGGCUCCACAGGACACAUGGCCUGGACUGGCCUCUCUUUUCUCCCCCACACCCCUCCCCUUGCCAGCUGUGCCCACCUUUGUAUUUAGUUUUGUAGUUUCUUGGCUUUUAUAAUCCCCCAUUUUUCCUGCCCCCUGGGCUUCGGAGGGGGGUGCUUGUACCCCCAAUCCCCAUGCUCUUGUGCCUUCCCCCUCUGGCCAGGCCUCUGGGCUCUGUGGGGGCGCCCUUUCUUGGAGGGCAGGGUUGGACACUGAUGGACUGCAGGCAGGGAGACCGCCCCCUGGCCCUGCCCCCUCCUCAUCCCCUUUACCCAUUCCCAGGACUGCUUGUCCACUCUCAUCACUGUUUUUAAUGCUUUUGUGUUCAUUUUUUAG